CAAACUAUUAAAGCUGCCGCCACAGUAGUGUGGCCAGAUGUGUGUCUAAAGAAUUUCUGGUCAGGAUGCAGACUCCCAAACUUGUUUUGUUCAUUGUGCUAAAUGUACUAACUAACUUGGAGCAAGCUGAAGGACUUUACAGCAGGCCAGUCCUAAAAAUCUUGCCCAGUGCCUCAGUGUGGCCUGGUGAGGCUGUGAUCCUGCAGUGCUUAGUUCAAACAAAGCAGCCCCAAGUGCACCUGAAGUACCGCUUCUUCAAAGACUCAAAGGAGCUCAGGUACACUGGAUCUGUAGAAAGUAUGAAGAUCGUUGCAGCAGAACCAGCCACUGCUGGGAGGUAUCACUGUGAGAUAGAGGAUGAAAAUGAAGGAAUGACCAGAGCCAGCGUUCCCGUGAUGCUUAAUGUGGAAAGUGGUAAUUUGAAGCCUAAACUGAUAAUGAAGGACAGAAAUUCUAUUCCUUUGCCCUGGGAACAUUUCAAAAUUGCAGAGGGAGAAAGCUUCACUCUGAAAUGUCAGAUCCCAGGAGACAGUACUGGAUGGAAGUACACUUGGCACAAAAACAUCGAUGAAGACCUUCCAGCAGAUGGAUGCCAAGAACCUGGCUUUACAUAUUUAGUGAGCUUUGCAAAGCCGUUACAUUUAGGAAUGUACUGGUGUCGGGGACAGAGGGGUGACUUUUAUUCAGACUUCAGCGAGCCCGUCAUUGUUAAUGUAACAGGAAAAAUUUAGAGAAGACAGGUAUGCACUAUAAAACCAAAUGAUACAGUAUGACAUCUGUUAUAUCUGUACAUUUUGGUUUCCAUUAUAUUUUGUUCAAGACAAGACAAGAAAUUAACAAAUUAAAGCAGGUUUUCUUCCCUUACACCUUACUUUUAUAACAC